UCUCCUCCAAGUCCUGCAACGACUGGUCACUGAACGCUACAAAGGCGAACCGACAUGCGUCCACCCACUCGCGGUGAUACUGCCGAAGCAUCCCCACCGCCGGCGCCAACUUCUCCAACUCCGUACGCAUUGCGGCAUCAUCCAUUCCAUCCGGUCCAUCCAUCCCAUCCGGUCCAUCCAUCCCAUCCGGUCCAUCCAUCCCAUCCGGUCCAUCCAUCCCAUCCGGUCCAG